AUGCCAAAAGGGAAAAAAUUGGCCCCUUUUCAACAAGGUCAAGUCCUUGCCUUGCACAAUGAAAAUGUUUCUCAAAAAGAAAUUGCACGACGGGUGAAGAAGUCCCGCAAAGCCAUCCAAACCUUUUUAAAAGUACCACAGGUGUACAACGAAAAGCACGCCGGUGGGCGUCCGCCCAAAAUGACCCCUGCAGAGUCUCGUCGGCUUCUGCGUGAGGCCUCGAAGGGGGAAAAAAGCGCUGAAACAUUAAGAAGGGAGCUAGAAUUGCCGGUUUCUAAGCGCAGGGCACAGCAGAUUUUAUCAACGAGCCCUCUCCUACAGUAUCAGACGGCAAAAAUAGCGCCUCAAUUGACUCCAAGGCAUAGAACAGUGCGUGUAAAGUGGGCAAAGGAAAGAGCAGGAUGGAACAUGCAGAAAUGGGGACAGGUCAUCUUUUCAAACGAAAAGAAAUUCAAUCUCGAUGGUCCUGACGGGCUGUCCUACUACUGGCACGACUUGCCAAAGGAGGGAAAGGUUUUGUCUCGUCGACAGAUGGGAAGUGGCUCUUAA